GCCCCACAACCCGAUCUUGACUCGGCGACGCCACGGUCGGACCGCAUCUCCCGGUCCGGUGAGCUGGCACAGCUGGGUGACUUGCACGGUCGGCAGGAAAAGAAUACGUACCCCUAGUUGCAAUCUCCAUCGGGAGUGUUUGGGGGGGAGGAAGGGCGAAGAAGUCGCGUCCACAUGACAAAGAGCAAGGACAAGCCGCCCGAUUGAUUUAAAGAGGUGCAUCCGAGGCAAUCAGUCAGCUCUUAAUAGCCUACAGACCAUAGCUACUCACCGGCAGACAUCAGCGUGGUAUUCACCUACAAUGCUCUCGACGUAUACUCUCUUCUUUCUGCUGGCGGGGGCAGCGCUCCUGGUGGUACAACUCGCUAUCACCAGCUCCAAGCUGGCCGGCAUCCCGGGCCCUUGGAUAGCACGCUUCACGGACCUCUGGCGCUUCCGAGCCCAGAACUCAAAGGGAUGGUCAGCCCGGCUUGUCGCCCUGCACGAGAAGCACGGAAAACUGGUGCGCAUCGGGCCCAGGCAUGUCAGCAUCAGCGACCCUAAGGCAGUACCCAUCGUAUACGGCACCAGUCCUGUGUGGUUGAAGGGCCCAUCAUACUAUGGCGCAGCGACCGUCAGCCAAGGGCGCACGGUGCCGAGCGUGAUCGCCAUGACCGAGAGGCAGCAUACGGCGGUGCGCAAGUCGGCGGGACGCGCCUUUACCACCAACUCGAUGCUCGACUACGAGGCGUCGAUCGAGACCUCGGCAACGGAGCUGGUGCGUGUUCUUGAAGACCACCCGACUACCGACGUCGCCAACUGGCUGCAGUUAUUUGCCAUGGACGUGCUGAUGCGAAUCGCCUUUGGGGAGUCCCUGGGCUUUAUGGGCAAGGGUGGCGACGUCGACGGUAUACUGGAUGCCGUCAUGGCCCGCUUCGACCACUGGAAUGCGUGGGCGGCUUUGCCGGGCGCUGACUACCUUUUCAACAAGGGACCGUUAGCAUCACUGCUGCGGAAGCAGGGUGACAGCCCGCUGGCCCGCGUCGGACUCGCCAAGCUGAUGGCGCGGAAGGGCGCUGCCGACCAGACGGAGAAGAAAGACCUACUGCAGAAGUUCCUCGACGGCCAGGCCAAGUACCCGGACAUUGUAUCGCACGACGAGAUCCUAGGCAUCAUCAUGUCAACCAUUGGCGCGGGCGCCGACACGACGGCCGGCACGAUAGCCUACACGCUCUACCUGCUCUGCAAGCACCCAGCUGCGGCCCAGAAGCUGCGAGCAGAGCUAGACGAGGCACAGCGGGCGGGGACCUUGACAAGCCCGCCCAGGUGGUCUCAGGUCAGCCAGCUGCCAUACCUCGACGCGACGCUCAAGGAGUCGAUGCGCGUGUUCCCCAUCGCCGCUUGGGGUCUUGACCGCAUAGUGCCGCCGGGUGGCGCCACCAUCGCCGGCCAGUACAUCCCCGCUGGAACCGUGGUCGGCUGCCAGAUCGACGCGGUGCAUCUGGAUGAGGACGUGUACGGACAGGACUCGUCGACCUUCCGGCCGGAGCGUUGGCUCGAGGCUAGUGAAGACCAGCACCGCCGCAUGGACCGAGCCUUUCUCGCCUUUAGCGCUGGCAAGCGCACGUGCACAGGUCUCCAUAUUGCGUGGCUCGAGAUGAAGAAGGUUCUUCCGCUACUUCUUAUGAAUUUCGAGAUGGACCUUGUCGAUCCCGGUCAGGAUGUCGUGGGCUCGGUACGAAUCAGUGCUGUCAAGUACCCACCACCUAUCUGGAUGCAUGUCAAGAAGAGGCAACCGAUUGAUGUACCAGAUGCACCAAUACCGUAAUGGCAUAAAUGCCAGAAAGGUGCACCGUUCAAAAGCUGUUGUCAUAUUCCUAGGGCUAGCCUACAAAAUUGCGCAAUAGAGCACAUUAGACGCGCC